AUGAUGCUGGCUUUCGCAUUCCGUCCGAACCCUGGCUCUGCCGCCCGUUUCAUUAGUGCUCGGAAAGACGAGCUCAUGUGUUUGCUUUGCGGAGUGAUGUGUUGUUUCAAUGGACGGAUUGUCCCAUGGUUCCGGAAUCGCGAUGAUAUCGGCUUCGAGGACCUUGGGAUUGCGUACUUCGCUGCUAUCGGUGAUACCUAUCAGGCAGCUGAGUUCCGAGACACUGUUGUCGGUCUCGAAGCGCUUCCUCUUGGCUACGGUGGCUGGUUUCCUUGCCUGAUGCUGAUUUCGCAGCUUUUCUCGCCCGAUCCGUUGCUGUUCCUCCCGACUAGGGCUGACGAUGACGAUGGUGGGUUCCAUGAGAGUUCGUUCUCCGAGUUCCCCUCCGGUGCUGUCAAUUUCUGCCCUUUCCCCGUCGCUCUGAGUGUCCACCUAGCUGGGGCUAAUGCCGAUGAUGCUUGA